GGUUACGUCACUUCCGCGUAUGAGAUUGUAAUAUGUGUAGGAUUCAGAUUGCCGCCGCCACUUCUCCGGUUUCUUUCAAGCAACAGUGCUGUUUUUCUCGAGGAGGAGGAGGAGGUCUCCAUAAAGAAAUACACUUUGAGUAAACAGCAAUGAAGACCCUGGUGGUGCUGGACUUUGACCAUACGGUGAUAGAUGACAACAGCGACACGUGGGUCAUUAAGUGUACGCCUGAGCAGGCUUUGCCAUACGGGCUACAAAACACAUAUGAAAUGGGAAAAUGGACGGAAUACAUGGGGAGAGUCUUUUCGUAUAUAGGAGACCUGGGGAUCAAAGAAGACGCAAUUAGGAGCGUAAUGGAAACGGUACCUUAUACAGAUGGAAUGAUCGAGCUCCUGCGUUUCAUCAGUGAAAACAAAGAAGCACUUGACUGCAUCAUCAUUUCAGAUGCCAAUACUCUUUUUAUUGAAUGGAUUUUGCAUGCUGCCGAUAUGCAUUGUGCUAUAGACAAAAUAUUUACCAAUCCUGCAUCUUUUGAUGAUAGAGGUUACCUUACUGUUGGGUGCUUUCAUUCACACAGCUGCACACAAUGCCCUGUUAACCUCUGCAAAAGGAAAGUCUUACAAAGCUUUAUUGAGAGGCAGUUAACAGACGGUGUAAAAUACCAGCGGGUUAUUUAUGUUGGGGAUGGUAGAAAUGAUUUUUGUCCCACUAAUUGUCUAAAACAGUGUGAUGUUGUUAUGCCCAGAAAGGGAUUUGCACUGGAUAAAAUCAUUUCAGAGGUAAAUUUAAAAAAUUGUGAAUCCCUCAACCCGCGGGUUGUGCCAUGGACGUCAGGUGCAGAUAUUAUCCAUGUUAUUAACUCGCAGUAGCAAAGUGCACUUUUAUCAAAUGGAGAAUAUUUAUUCAAGUACAUAUUACCACUUAUUUUAUGAAAAAAAAAAAAAUCUAUUCAAACAAAUGUAUUUGACCACUGUUUGCCACUCAAUCAACUACACUUAUUUAUCGUAAAGUAAAUUCAUUUUAAUGUCAAGUGACCUAAAGAGAACACAUUUUUGUAAAUGUCACUGUGUAUUUACACCAAGUGAAACUUCACAUGAAGGUUGUAUGUGACAGACAAACUGUAUAAGUGUAUGUAUUUCUGACAGUUCUCCAGUUUAGUACUCUUACUGGGCCACAACUAAUUUUUUAACUAGUCGCAUAAAUCAUGCUUAUUUAAAUAGUGUAUAACUUUAUUAUUUAUAAGAAGUGGCCAUUUUGGUGCUGCAUGUUUUCAAUAUGUCGUUGUGUAAGAUUUUUUUCUGUCAAAUAGCUGUCUGAUUUAUACUUUAUUAGACAGUUAUAAAUUGGCAGAUGACCCCCUAAUUAUUUACUAUUUCUGGAAUAAGGUUGGAGAGCCAAUAUAGCUAGGACAGUUGAAGAGCUGCUGAACUUCGAUUAUGGCGUUGAAGUCUGACUACUAUAGUGAUACUAAGACUCAUCAGUGAGGUGAUUCAGUAACAAUUUUGGUGCUAACUACAUUUUCUAAUGGUCUAUAAGUAGUUAAUGUUAGGCAAACCACAUUUUUGUAUUUGGAAGUUAACUGAAAUAUGUUUGUUAGGAAUGGAAGUAUAUUUAUAAUGGAAAAAUCAUGAACUUAAACAACUAUUACUUUUUAACCAAAUAAGUUGUGUGAAUUGAAGUGGUUACAAUAAUGUAAUAUUGUGUGUUCCGCAAGUUUCUAAAUACAUUACCAAAAACCGAA